GACAAUGUCAGGGACGCGACUACUCUCCUGCUACCUUCCUCCAAAAGACCAUGCAUAUCUUUCGACAAUAGUACAUAAUAGUAGUAUAUUUAUGUGUAAACAUGUAGGCAAGUUUAUAUCUGUAAACAUAUAAGUUUUGGUCGUCAUGUUCCGGCACAGCUCAGCAGGUGUCGUCGUUGCCACCACGUUCUUGAUCAGUUACCAACAGCAGCAGAGAGGGAGGGAGGGUCGGAGAAGGAGAGAAAGAAGAAGAUGCCUUCAGACCACCACCUCUGAUUCUCUGCAUUAUCUUCUUCUGCUUCUUCUUCAGUUCUUCUUCCUCCAACGCCGUUGUGUCUUUUUCUUGGGCCGAUGCAGCAUGAGAACUGAGCUGAAUUGCGCUGCUGGUCCGUCCGUGUCGCCGUCGGUGUCGCGGGUAGGGUUCUCCGUCUGAUUUGCGGAGGUGGUAGCUAAGCUUCCUCUGAUCUGAAGAAGAAGAGUUGCAAUAGUAGACACGAUGAGAACUCUGCUCCAGGUGCAACCCGGCGGCAGCGGCGGCGGCAGCGUCCCUCUUCCGCCCACCCCGACGGUGACAUCACCGUUGACUGGUGGCUCGCCGCCGCCUCCGGCGACCUCGUCGUCCUCCACCCCUCCUCCACCUUCUUCUUCCUCAUCCUCUGCUCCGCCGCCGCCUGCUCCAUCGUCUGCCAGUCCGCCGCCACCUUCUCCUUCAGAGCCACCGCCGUCGCUUCCACCGCCUCCGCCGCCGGUGGUGACUUCCCCUCCGCCGCCGGUGGCGGAGCCUCCGCCUCCACCAACCGCAUUGCCUCCCCCGCCGCCGUCUCCCGUACCGACGCCCUCCCCUCCGCCUCCCACAGCACCGCCCCCAGCGGACAACGCCGCGCCACCGCCGGCGCCCACGCAGGCGCCGCCGCCGCCCGCUCCCCCGCCGCGAGCACACGCCACUCCGCCUUCGUCAAGCGCGGCUCCUCCACCCGUCGCAGCGGCGCCGAGAGCGUCCCCCGCCGACGCGCCGCCGCCGCCGCCGCCACCACCACGGCAUUCGGCGAUGGACUCCGCGACCCCGCCACCUCCGCCGGCCCGGACGAGCGCAGCGACCACGACGCGCUCUCCGGCUGAAGCGGGCAGCGGCGCGGGCGUGCCGGCACCGCCCGUCAGCGGCGGGCUGAGCUCCGGAACCACCGCGGCCGUGGUGGUCGUGGUCGUGGUCGCCUUCCUGGGCCUCGCCGGCAUGUUCGCCUGCCUGUCGCAGCGGCGGAGGCGGAGGCAAGCCGAGCGGUACUACCCGGGCUUCGCGGUGCCGUCGUACACGCCGCAGCACAUGUCCGGCGAGGCCCCGUUCCUGCGGCCGCCGUCGGCGUCGGGGUCGAUGAACUUCAGCGCGGGCCAGAGCCAGGGCGUGUCGCCGAUGAUGUCAUCCGGGCAGGCGUACGGACAGUCGACGUCGUACGGGCAGCAGCAGCGGUUGACGUCGGCGAACUACAGCACGGGGAGCCAGGGGGGCGGGGCGGCGAGGAGCGUGGCGGCGUCGGGCGAGCUGAGCGUGGGGAACACCAAGGCGUUCACGUUCGACGAGCUGUACGACAUCACGGCGGGGUUCGCGCGCGACAAGCUCCUCGGGGAGGGCGGGUUCGGGUGCGUGUUCCAGGGGACGCUCGCGGACGGCAAGGCGGUGGCGGUGAAGCAGCUCAAGGGCGGCGGCGGGCAGGGGGAGCGGGAGUUCCAGGCGGAGGUGGAGAUCAUCAGCCGCGUCCACCACCGCCACCUCGUCUCCCUCGUCGGCUACUGCAUCGCCGAGGACCACCGCCUCCUCGUCUACGACUUCGUCUCCAACGACACGCUGCACCACCACCUCCAUGGGAGGGGAAGGCCGGUGAUGGACUGGCCGACGAGGGUCAAGAUCGCCGCCGGCUCAGCACGCGGAUUGGCCUACCUGCAUGAGGAUUGUCAUCCAAGAAUCAUCCACAGGGACAUAAAGUCAUCAAACAUCCUUCUUGAUGAGCACUUUGAAGCUCAGGUGGCAGACUUUGGGCUUGCCAGGCUGGCUGAGAACGACGUCACCCACGUCUCGACGCGUGUGAUGGGCACAUUUGGGUACUUGGCUCCAGAGUAUGCAUCCACAGGAAAGCUGACCGAGAAAUCGGACGUGUUCUCCUUCGGCGUCGUCCUUCUGGAGCUCAUCACAGGCCGGAAGCCUGUCGACUCGUCCCGUCCCCUCGGCGAUGAGAGCCUCGUGGAGUGGUCGAGGCCAUUGCUGAACCGUGCAAUUGAGAACCAAGAAUUCGACGAGCUCGUCGACCCUCGCCUCGAUGGGGAGUAUGAUGAUGUUGAGAUGUUCCGCGUGAUCGAGGCAGCUGCGGCGUGCAUCCGGCACUCAGCUGCGCGGAGGCCAAAGAUGGGACAGGUCGUUAGAGUACUUGACAGUUUGACGGAUGUUGACCUCAGCAAUGGUGUGCAGCCGGGGAAGAGCCAGAUGUUCAAUGUCGCGAACACUGCCGACAUCAGGCAGUUCCAAAGAAUGGCAUUUGGCAGCCAGGAUUUCAGCUCGGAGUACAGCCAAUCCAGGUCUAGCAUGAGCAGCAGGAGAGACUUUUAGGCAUGAAAGAAUCUCCGAACAAUUUCAUAGUUUCACGAUUUUGUUUGUGUUGAUAUCUUCAUUUUUCUUUGAGGGACUUUGAAUUGAAUUCAUUGUCUUACUGUUUAUUCGUUUCUUUGUUGUUUAUGUUGAUGAAAUCGAUAUAUACACACGAUUCCAUUGGUUGAUUUUA